AUGCACAGACGACCGCCAAGCUCUUGGAAUCGUCGAGAUCCAAAAAGACACGGUCGCGAAUCGUCAGGCUACCAUCACGCGGCAGUCGUCGAAGUAGGAGCCAUGGUUCUUCAAAAUAUGUUCAGCGCUCUCUCAUUUCUCCACUACCGCAAGGAUGACGAUUUCGUGGAUCGCCUUUCUUACUUCUACACUUCGUCGUUCUUAAUCAUGAUGGCGGUCCUAGUCAGUUUCAAACAGUUCGGAGGUCGACCACUUGAAUGUUGGGUGCCGGCGCAAUUUACCGCCAGCUGGGAAGCUUACACCGAGAUGUACUGCUGGGCACAGAACACGUAUUGGGUGCCUAUUGAUCAAGAUAUUCCUGACAGUAUACAAGAAAGAGAAUUUCGGCAGAUAUCCUACUACCAAUGGGUACCUUUCUUCUUAUUAUUACAAGCGUUUCUGUACUACAUUCCAUGUCUAAUGUGGAGACUAAUGAGCGAUAAAUCAGGAAUUCGCCUAAACGAUAUAGUGCAAAUGGCAACUGAAAAAGAAAAUAUUGAACCAGACUAUAGGAUACGAACGAUUGAGUCACUUUCAAGACAUAUUGAAUCCGCAUUGCGAUAUCAACACACAGCGACGUCUCGGACGCAGUACACAUUGCAUAGGGUGUUCAAAUGUUUCAAUAUGCGCUAUUACGAAAGCUACGUGACCGGAAUGUACUUGGCCACCAAAAUAAUGUAUGUUGGGAAUAUUCUGACGAAUCUUGUGCUCGUCAACAAAUUCCUCGAGACUGACGAAUAUUCAAUAUAUGGGCUCGGCGUAUUGCGCGAUCUGUUAUUUGGUAGGACUUGGAUCGAGUCAGGCAAUUUUCCGAGAGUCACACUGUGUGACUUCGAAGUUCGAGUUCUUGGAAACAAUCAGCGACACAGCGUACAAUGCGUUCUCGUCAUCAAUAUAUUCAAUGAAAAGAUAUUUAUACUUAUUUGGUUAUGGUUCACUCUGUUGUUCGUCGCCUCAACAUUAGAUAUGUUAUACUGGUUUAGUAUAUCAAUGUUUCAUAGGGACCGCUUUCGUUUUGUGUUGAGACAUUUGGAAUUGACGUCAGAUCCUGAUAAGCCGGAACUUUUUCGAAAAGAAAAACGCAAACAAGUCGAACAUUUUUUGCGGACGUAUUUAAAAGUGGAUGGUGUACUCGUUUUACGAAUGAUAGCACUUCAUGCCGGUGUUAUGUUUUGUACUGAGAUCACCGAUGCGCUUUGGAAACGAUAUUUGAGUCAGCAUCCUGAAAACUUGAUUGACGAUGACUCCUCUUUAAUAACGUUCGCAAGGGCACAAUCGAUUCGACGAAAACGCAACGAUAGCAGUAAUUCGGAUGGGCAAAAUCAUCAAAGAUUGGGCCGAAUACUAUCACAUAGGAGCACAGGCGGUAGUUUCCGCUUGAAUAGGACACAAUCGACGAAUAGGAGUCUGAAUACUGACUCGAAACCAAGUUCGGCCUCGGCUGGCGCUAAUUUGCCCGGAUCUCCAUCGGCAGUGGCACCAUCAAACUUUUCAAGACUUGGAAAGGUGAUACCUCGUCGAGCAAUGGUUACAAUCAAUUCACAAGCCGAGCAGAGCACACCUGAUCCAAUCCAAGAAAUAAGUUUGCAAAUAACUUGUAAUAAUAUAUUUCGAUUUUACUACUCUAGUGAACCGCAACAAGAGAAGCAACCCGAAGAAACUUGGACAUUCUACCUGUUUUUCUGCAUUUGCACAAUUGGAUUGGCUUCAUUUCAGGAUGGAUAUCAGAUUGGAUGUAUCAAUGCUCCCGGGCCGCUGAUAAUCGAAUGGAUCAAAGAAUCGCAUCUCAAACUUUUUUCGCAAUCUUUAUCACGACAAGAAGCGGAUUUCAUAUGGUCGGUGGCGGUUUCAAUGUUUUCCGUUGGUGGAAUGAUCGGCGGAAUUGUUUCUGGGCAUCUUGCUGAUCGAAUGGGACGACGAGGUGCUCUUUUGCACAACAACGUUUUAGCCAUUCUUGCUGCGAUUUUAUUGUCAACCGCAAAGUUCUUCAAUUUCUAUCCGUCGAUUGUAGUUGGCCGUUUUCUAGUUGGAUUAAAUUGUGGUGUGACUUCUGGUCUUGUUCCGAUGUAUUUGACUGAAAUGGCUCCAGCAAGUCUUCGUGGAAAAUGUGGAUCUUUUCAUCAAUUAAGCAUAUCCAUUGCAAUCGUUUUAUCUCAAGCUCUUGGGCUUCCAUAUAUUUUUGGAACUGAAAAUCGAUGGCCUUUCAUUUUCGGAUUCGUCGCUGUUCCAGCUAUUGCGCAGAUCAUUUGUCUUCAGUUUUGCGUCGAGUCUCCAAAGUAUAUGAUUACAAGGAGCACCAAUACGGCUCGAAGGGCUUUAAUGAAAUUAAGAGGUCAUGAUAAAGUUGAUAAUGAAAUUUAUCAAAUGCGUGACGAAGUCAUAGAAAACAGUCAACAUAAUGCUCCGAAUAUAUUCGCGAUGUUUAAAGGAGAUCAUAGAUAUCCAAUGAUAAUAUCCAUCCUCAUGAUGUUCAGUCAGCAAUUUUCCGGAAUUAGUUCAGUCACAUUUUAUUCAACUUUGAUUUUCAAAAGAAGCGGUUUGAAGGGUAAUGAGCCAAUGUUGGCCACAGUUGGAUUUGGAUGUAUCAAACUGAUUUUCACAGUUCUUUCGGUGCUCUUAAUCGAUCAUCCCCGAUUUGGACGAAAGCCAUUGCAAAUUUUUGGUCUCUCAGGAAUGUGCAUUUCGUCGAUAUGUAUUGUUGUUACUUUAACCUUACUGGAAUCGGGUUUUGAUUGGGCCAGUUAUAUCAAUAUAUUGUUUAUUAUUUGCUUCGUCGUUUCAUUUGCAUUCGGACCAGGUCCAAUUCCAUGGUUCUUUACAUCUGAAUUGUUCGAUUCGGCUUCUCGUGGUAGCGCGUCUGCAAUUUCAGCAAGCAUGAAUUGGAUCGCAAAUUGGCUUGUCGGACUCACAUUUUUGCCAAUCAACAACGUCAUUCAUCAAUAUUCUUUCCUAACAUUCACAUUUUUCACAUUUACAUUUGCAAUAUUCACAUGGAAACUGGUGCCGGAAACGAAAGGCAAAAGCCCAUCGACAAUUCGAAAAGAGCUUCUUGAUCUUCGUCGUGCGGUUUUCGGAAAAUUUUUCGAUUAG